UCUUUGUUACAAACAUGGCCGCUCGCAUGUGAAUGUCAUGCCACCUUAAUCUACUCCCUGAAUCAGCUCAGUUAUAGUACAAUUACGUUGAAACUGACAUGUAUACGGCAUCUUGUGGAGCUGCGGUUUUAUUCACGUGAGACAGCGGAGGAUCCGGGAAACUAUAGCUUGAUCCAUUAGUUGAUUAGCUCUCCAUGUUAGCAUUUUAGCUAACCAGCAGCUAUAACUACAGACGGAGUCAUGAUGGAUCCUGACCAACAGCUGAGAAAUCUGCGGGAUUUCCUCCUGGUUUACAACCGCAUGACUGAAAUCUGCUUCCAGCGAUGCAGCAGCAACUUCAACUACAGAAACCUCACCAUGGACGAGGAGCGCUGUGUGGACAGCUGUGCGGGGAAGCUGAUUCGCUCUAACCACCGCCUGAUGGGCACCUACGUGCAGCUGAUGCCUCGGAUGGUACAACGAAGGAUGGAGGAGAUGGAGAGCAAAACUGCAGAAUAUGCCAAGGCAGCAGAAGCAUCUGCGGCUGCAUCUAUGGUGCCUCCUGCCACAGAGGCUGUGGUACCUCCUGCCACAGAGGCCUCACCAGCAUCUCAAACACCCAUCACCUCAUCUCCAUCCCCACAAGUACCUCCACUGGUGGAUCGGGCUUUUACCUCAAUGAUUGAUGUCGAAGCGGAAGCCCACAGCUCAGUCCUAAAGCCAGCAGGAUUAGAUAUUCCAGUCGAGCUCAGUGCUGCUCAGUCUGCAUCCACAGCAGCCACUGAAGUCAAAUUAUCAGCUGCUGCACCACUCACACCUGCGACUGAAGCAGUGAAUCUCUCCCAGCUUAAUGACGCUGGAAAUGGACUAUCUUAUUCAGCAAGCUUUCCUCAGCCGCCAAUAGCUGGUGCCCAAAUUGAGUCUGAGAUCCCGGCGGCUGUGUUAAUGCCAUCUAAACCUCUGUCUUUAUCAGGAGAUGUGCCUGCGGCAACAGCAGCUGCACCUACAGUGUCUAAAUCCAUCGAGAGCCUGUCAGGCCAACAGAGAGCCCCAGAGGUUCCCCCAACGUCAGGCCAAUGAUGAGGCCCAGUCUGGGUCUGUCUCAGAUGGUCAGACUGUUAACAAACCCAGCACAAACAACCCACGUCUGAUGACUCAUUGCUGGCUGUCCCAAAUGUGACAUUCUCCGUAUUGCUGAGAAGAAUAGCUGAUUAAUAGCAUAAAUACAUAAAUUAUGGAAUAGAUCAACUUUUAACAACUGUUAAACAUGAUAUCAUCAUGCCAUAUAACCUUCUGUUUCUUAAAUGUGAGCAUCUGAUGCUUUUCUGUUUUCAUAUUGUGAAAAUCUUUGAGGUUUUUCACUAUUUGUUUUACAAUAUUAGCAACUUGAAGACCUCACUUUAGACUCUAUUAACUUGUGCAGGCAUUGUCAGUAUGUUUGACGUCGCUGUAACGGUGUAUGCGGGGGUAUGUGUGUGUAAUGAUUUUAGUGAUGGUGCGGGAUAUUGCCAGCUCCAAAAGGACUUAAAUCUGAUGACACCCUGAUGACACUCAGUCAGUUCUGAAAGAUGACACAGUAAAUUAAGAAAUUAGAAAAUCUCCAACAAUAAUA